CUGAAUGAUGCAGUACUCUGAAAAUAUACGUGGGCUAGAUGUACACACAGCCUACCGGCAGGCCCAAACCAUUGUUAAUGCUCUCUCAGCUGUUGCCCUUUUCAUAUUGUUAAGGAAAUGAAUCCUGUACAUGUGAGAUGAGCGACCAUUAUACAAUGGUACCUUUUAGAUGCAGCUGUACGCUCACGUAUCGCAUUAGUCCUGUAGGAACGGAAGCAAACAUGGCGCUCAGUCGCAGAAAAUUGGGUACUGCAAUUUCAUUAGUGCUUUUCCUGUUGGCGAUGAUGUCUGUUGCCUUUCAGAAGCGGUAUGGCCAGGGCUGGCUUCAACUUGUGGCAAUAUCAGACGUCUUUGAUGGUACUCCGAGAACUUUGAGGGGUAAGCUUUACAAACACCAAGGCACAAUGUCGAUUGGCAUUACUCAGGAAUCCAGCGAGCAUAGACAAAGACGUAUUAUCAUCAUCGGCUCGGGUCCAACGGCACUGGGCGCGGCUCGACGUCUCGCCGAACUGAGAGACAAGUUCAACUUCAGAAUCACAAUCUUGGAGGAAGCAGCCCAGCCCGGAGGGCUUGCCUCCUCCGAGCGAGAUGACAAGGGCUUCCUCUGGGAUAUGGGGGGACACGUGGUCUUUUCCCACUACGAUUACUUCGAUAAGACGCUGGAUCGGGCCGUUGCGCACUGGAAUCAGCGAGUCCGGGCUGCUUUCGCUUUCAUGAUGGGGUCGGACGGCCAGCGGAGGUUCAUCCCGUACCCGGUCCAGAACAAUAUCGAGGUCAUGGACAAAAUCGAUCAGAACAAGAGCCUAGCCGGUCUGAAAGAGAUCACGCGGAACCCGUCCCAGGGCAAGCCCCGCAACUUCGACGAGUGGCUGCUGCAGCACUUUGGAGUCGGCCUCUGUGACGUGUUCAUGCGGAAGUACAACAAGAAGGUAUGGACUGUUAACACCACCGAGAUGAACUCAGUGUGGGUGGGUGAGCGAGUCGCUGUGCCGGACAUCAACAAGAUCCAGGCCAAGAUCAAAGCCUUCGACCAGGGCACGCCGGCGGAGGACUCGGGGUGGGGUCCCAACCGAUUCUUCCGGUUCCCGAGGUUCAACGGCACCGGGAACAUCUGGAGAGGGGUCGCAAGGUUGGUCCCCCGCGAGUGGUUCGAAUUCCGGAGACAGGUGACGAGUGUCAACUUUGACACCAAGACCGUAUCUGUAGAGAGCGCGGGGAAUGAACAUCGCCUGCUGCAUUACGACACGCUCAUAUCGACUGCACCGUUAGACGAGUUUGUGCACUUACUCCAAGGUGACGACCCGUCUCUGGCAAGAAUGAAUGUGUUGGCGUCACAGCUGAUCUACUCUCACACGCACGUCAUAGGCAUCGGCCUUGUGGGCCAACCGCCGAAGAUGUUGUCGGAUAAAUCGUGGAUGUACUUCCCCGACGCCGAUUCUCCGUUUUACCGGAUCACCGUCUUCUCGGCAUACUCAGACGAUCACGUGCCCAAGGCGGGCGAAUAUUGGUCCUUGAUGUGCGAAGCGGCCGAACCUAAAGACACGCCGGACCGAAGCCAUUGGACCCAGGCAAAUGUAGUCGAUUCCACAGUCAAGGCUUUGAUCACGUACGGUUUCAUUUCUGCUGACAUGGUGGUCUCCAAAUACUACCGACGGCUGGAUCACGGCUACCCUGUUCCUUCCAUUGGAAGAGAAGGGAUCUUGGAGGUGGUUCAGCCCUGGCUGGAGGCCAAACACAUCUACUCCCGCGGCCGGUUCGGGGGGUGGCGGUACGAGGUUGCAAAUCAGGACCACUCUUUCAUGCAAGGGGUAGAGCUUGUAGACAAGCUUUUACGAGGGAUACCGGAGGAAACAUAUCCCAACCCGAACCUCGUCAACUCUCGCAAAAAUACGGGUCGCUUCCUUGACAACGAUGACUCCAAGAACAAGUUCAUCCUCUUGCGCAAUUAAGAAAAAGCAAAACUUCCAAAAGUACAUGAAUAUCGACAUUUUUCCAAAAGGUCGUAUUACAUAUACACGUCAAUAGGUAAUUUUCCUUAUUCAGUUAUCAACAUGUAUUUCUUGUUCAAACAAUCGAAUAUGUUUGUACCGCAUGGUGCAUGAGGUCAGGAGGAAACUUUUCCUGCCCUUUGUAAAAUUUGAAUAUGCAAUGAGCAAACUUUCCCACUGACUCCUUAAAGCAGUUCUAUAUGUCGGGAUAUCUUCCCAUAAUGAAACUAAUAAUUCCCAAUGGUCUGGCUGAUCGCCUUUUAUCUGUUAAAAUCAUGUCAUUUUACUGUAAAUAAAUAAACUUGAUAGCAGUGAACAGGUGGCAAUUUUUUAUUCAGUGGAUGAGAAAGUUCCCGCUUUCAAAAAAAUAUUCGGAUUUUUAUAAAUAAUUAGCAGUGCUUUCUCGCACUGUCACACUUUUUUACUAAAUUUAAGAAUUGGACAUAACGUAUGAAGGUGCAAAUAAUUAUUCCGUGAAACGCUUUUUACAUGCAAAGACGAGGUUUUUAAGAGAUUAUAGCACGCGUUAAACUAAGAUUUCAUUCAUGGAUCACCGUGUUCUUUUUUAGUUUUAUGUUAAACCUCAAACAUCGUGCAUGAAGUUAUAAAGCCUCUCAGAUAGUAUCCGGAUUCGUGUUUUUAAUUAGUUUUUUAUGUAAAGAAUUUAGACUAAAAAUUUAAAGCUUUCCUCACUGAAAAAUCUCUCUGGUUAAUACCAUAUUCUUUGGUAAGCUGAACCAAAAAUUGAAUCUGUAAACAACGAUCCAGGUUUAGUUUAACAUGAAUACGUAUAGUUGGGAUUCACCCUAUUUCAGUUGAAAUUAAUCGAGGCAACUUUGGAUUGUCGUUGACUGUUUUAAUUGUACCAUUGUUUAUGCAAAUAAAUAGUAAUGAUUGAAAGAAGGAGAGAAAUCAAUUCUGGACUUGGGUUAACAUGUUCUUCUAACGAAUCCAUCAAAGGCAACGUGAAAUGCGGUGAAAACAGCUAGGGCUGGAAUGAACGUGUUGCAGAGAUCCUGGUACACCGUAUCUUUAAUUAGCACCAGUGCUGCGUAUUUCGAAGAUAUUGCUAGUUUUGAAGUGUUCCUCAAAUUGGAAAUUUAGAGAAAGACUGUGAAACUUUAAAAUUCCUUAAGUAGGGCCUAAGGAUUUUUUGAACACUGUGAUGUUGGCAUUAAUUUUGGUGGCUCCUGAAUUUUUAGUAGUAAGGCUGGAGACUGUGCCGAUUAGAUAUUCCGUUCCUGGUAAAAACAGACUGACAUAUCUCGUGAAUUUGAUAAAGAGUGUGGAAACGAGAUUUUGCAUAUGCGUUAUACACAUCCUUUCCACAGGUCGACAUUAUGGGACAUUAAGGUUAAUUCUUACGUAUUCUGCCGUGUCAAUAAAUUCCCCUCAGUUCAACGGA